GACGGCGCCGCCGCUGGCGUGAACUACAUGGCCCGCGCGCAGUGGCUCCGGGCCGCGGUCCUGGGCGCCAACGACGGGCUCGUCUCGGUAGCGUCCCUCAUGAUCGGCGUCAGCGCCGCCAACUCCGCCGAGAAGACGAUGCUCGUGUCGGGGCUGGCCGGGCUGGUGGCGGGCGCCUGCAGCAUGGCGAUCGGCGAGUACGUCUCCGUGUACGCGCAGUACGACAUCGAGGUGUCCCAGGCCAAGCGCGACGACGACAGCCCCGGCGCCAAGAACCUGCCGAGCCCGGCGCGGGCGGCGCUCGCGUCGGCGCUGGCGUUCGCGGUGGGCGCGCUGGUGCCGCUGCUGGCGGGCGGGUUCGUGAAGCCGUGGGGCGCCAGGGUUGGGGCGGUCUGCGCGGCGACCACCGUGGGGCUGGCGGGGUUCGGGGCCGCCGGCGGGUACCUGGGCGGCGCGAGCAUGGCGAGGUCGGGGUUCAGGGUGCUCGCCGGCGGCUGGCUCGCCAUGGCCGUCACGUACGGCGUGCUCUGGCUCUUCGUCAAGGUGUUCCACAUCCAGGUCUCGUCGCUGGCCUGA